AAAAGAAAAAAGAAAGCGACCAACGAGAGAAUUAAGUAAUUUCCAAUAGAGAAUGACGGAUUGCACAGAUACUGGGAAGAGCUCAUGGCCGGAGCUGGUUGGAAUAAAUGGAGAAGUGGCAGCAGCUAUAGUUAGGAGAGAAAAUCCAAAGGUUAACACAGCCAUUGUGAAGGGAGGAAUGGCGGUGACCAUGGAUUUCCGCUGCGAUCGGGUCCGGAUUUGGGUUGAUAGCUGUGGAAUUGUGAAGCAGAUCCCUCAAAUUGGAUAGGCAACAGUAAAUUUUAUAAUAAGAAGAGGCUGCUUAAUCAAAUUAAGCUACAAUGUCCUUAAUUUCAAGAAUUUGUUCCAUCCGUGUUUGUCAUCAGAAAACAGAUUUUAAUGCUCACCGUAGUCUGCAGUGAGGGAAUAAUAAUGAUAAUGAGAAUGAGAAUGGUACUGAUAA